CCAGUCCAUUAUUAUUAGUCGUGAGUAUCGGCUCGGACAUGUGCGGGGUCUGUAUCCGUCUGCCCACAUGGUACGCCGGCACUCCGGCAUUCGGGAUCCGCCGCCGUCGGAAUCUAUAAUUUUUUUGAUCGGCCCGCCGCCCGCCGCCCGGCUGUUCGCGGCAUUUGCACCACGUUUCACCACGCUCUCUCGCAACGUCAAACGACAACUGGCCAGAGCAGAGCACGUCUUGAGCGAGUCUCUGACGGUCGCGCAAAAGCGGUGAAUGCUGCGGCAUUCGUAGCAGCGGCCCUUGGUCGACGUGGCUCUUGGCUGUGGCACCUCCGGUAACUGGACUGACGAUAGGACGGCCCGUCGCCAGUUGCGUCGAGAGCGAAACUCACCGCCGACGCCCUCUCCACGCCCCCCGGAUACACCAUUCGCCGGGUAUCUGGAUUCACCACUGAUCGCAAUGGGUAGCUUCACGGAUCCGAUAGCGCCCGGCAUGGCCGCUCCCACGCCGCAGCCCCAGCGCCGGAUCCUCUUCCUCGAUGCCUACGACUCCUUCACCAACAACAUCGUCUCGCUGCUCAAGGACGCCCUCGGCGCGCAUGUCAAGGUACACGUCCUUCAUAUGGACCUCCGCACCCUCGACUCGGACCCGUCGCCGCCCUGGACCCGCGACGAGUUCCUCGCGCGCCUCGCCUGCUUCGACGCCGUCGUCUGCGGCCCUGGCCCAGGCUCGCCCCUGCACGAUGCCGACGUCGGCGCCUUCAAGCUGCUGUGGGACUUGCCGCGCACUCUUGCCGUUCCCGUGCUGGGAAUAUGCCUCGGCUUCCAGAGCCUCGUCGAGCACUUUGGCGGACGCAUUCGCCGGCUGAGGCGCGGCUUGCACGGCAUGGUGCGCGAGAUCGACCACGUGAGGGAUCCGCCUGCAGACAUCUUUGACGGCGUGCCGCGCUUCAAGGCGACGCUGUAUCAUAGCCUGUGUGCCGACGUGGGCCAGGACGACGUCCCGGACGAGGCGUGGCGCGAGGCGAGAUGGAUGCCGCCCGCCGACACGCCGGAUCUGCUGCCCCUCGCAUGGACGCUGGAGCCGAGCGACGACGAGGGGACACCCGACGAACGCAUACUCAUGGCGGUGCGGCAUGCGAGCCGUCCACUCUGGGGGGUCCAGUAUCACCCCGAGUCGGUAUGCACUGACGCCGCUGCCCACGGCGUCAUCAAGAACUGGUUCCACCAGGCCCUCAAGUGGAACGAGGCGACACGGCGUGAAGUCGACCUCUCCGUUGACUUUUCCGAUAGCCUCGACCCUUCCAAACAUACGCUUCCCGGGCGCAACGCCACGGGUGAUGUUGCGCAUUGCCGGUGGUGGAAGGACAUGCAGACGGGCCUAGCGACGCAGGGCGUCAAGCCGGGCUACUCAUGCAGGAGCGUCAGGCUCCCCGACGGCGUGGACACGGCUGAGGUGGCUGAGGUACUGGGUCUCGGCGGUACGGACACGAUCAUCCUGGACUCGUCGAGCACCAUCAGCGGAGACCCUCUGGCCCGGAACUCGAUCCUGGCCUUGGACGUUGAGCAGGCACUGCGUCUUGAGUACCGGGUCGGCGAGGAACACGUGCUGCUGCGGCGGCCUGCGACUGCACUUCGUGGCGAGGAGAUGCAGAAGAUCCGGCUGAGCGACGGGCAGCUCGACCCAUGGACGCCCUGGCAAGUCAUGUCGGAGUAUUGGCGGCUACGGAGGACGCCGGACGACGAGGCAUCCUCGUCGACUUUCAAAGGAGGCUUCAUGGGCUUCGUCACGUAUGAGAUGGGCCUGAGCACCUUAAGCCCCGGACUGGUAUUGGCAGAGCGCGGCCAUGACCGGCCCGACAUCUGCAUGGCGUGGGUGUCCAAGAGCAUUGUGCUCGACCACCAGGCCGGGCUGGCUCACGUUCAGUGCCUCACCACACCUGACGUGGACGGCGAAUGGAUCGACGACGUUGUCCAUGCCCUCCAGAACUCCGACGCGUGGCUGCACCCGGGAUACACGGCCAUCCCGCCGAAGCCGCGGCAGCCCAACGAGGAGCUCCUCCAGCAGGUCCGUGAGGGCAAGGGCCGGCUGCGCUUCAGCAUCCCCGAGCCGGACCGAUACGACAGCGAUGUGAGCAAGUGUCAGGACGCCAUCCGCGACGGCGAGUCGUACGAGCUGUGCCUCACCGCGCAGACGACCAUGACACGGCAUUCUGGCAUCGACACGCCGCACCACCUGCGUCACGGCGCGGACCCCAAAGCCGCGGCGCAGCAGCAGCAGCAUGGCACGCCCUGGCAGCUUUUCCGCACCCUGCGCGCACGCCAGCCCGCGCCCUUUGGCUCCUUCAUCCGCCUCGGCUCCGCGACGCUCAUCUCCUCCUCGCCGGAGCGCUUCCUGUCGUACGACCCGCGCGGGUUGUGCUCGAUGCGGCCCAUGAAGGGCACCGUGCGCAAGUCAGCCGAGGUGUCGACGCUCGCCGCCGCCGAGAAGAUCCUCCAUGUGCCCAAGGAAGAGGCCGAGAACCUCAUGAUCGUGGACCUGGUGCGCCACGACCUCUACGGUGUGUGCGGCGCCGGCAGUGUCUCCGUCCCAGACCUGCUGCGCGUCGAGGAGUACGCAACCGUCUUCCAGAUGAUUACCGUCGUUAAUGGGCAGCUUCCUGCCCCGACGAGCCUGCGCUAUGCAGGCACCACAGCCAACAACAACAACAUCACCACAGGGCUGGAUGUGCUAGCCGCGGCGCUCCCGCCGGGGAGCAUGACGGGCGCGCCCAAGAAGCGCAGCUGCGAGAUCCUACGCGGCAUCGAGCCCGGCGAGCGGAGCGUCUACGCCGGCGUCGUGGGGUACCUGGGCGCCAACGGACAGGGAGACUGGAGCGUCACGAUCCGCACCAUGUUCCGGUGGGACGACGAGCGCGACGAGCAGGCCGGCACCGAGGUGUGGCGGAUCGGCGCGGGCGGCGCGGUCACCACGCUGAGCACGCCCGAGGGCGAGACGGACGAGAUGUUCACAAAGCUGUGCGGGCCGCUGGGCGUCUUCAAGGACGUGGCAUAAUGGGGACAGAGGGUGACGUGACUGACGACAUGGAAGGGGCAUGAACGGGCCGAAAGAGACCGCUUGUACCUCAACGUAUAUUUGUGCAUGUUCGGGAGUUUGGUUUGGGCCUCGGCGCGAUCAUUUUUGAGCAUUACAGACGGGACGGACCCUUCAACGGUUCAUGAUAGACGAACAUCGCACAAGCGACAGACGCAGGAUAUGACAUCGGAUAGCAGCGCAUUCUUUGGAAUAGAGGUAGCGUGCAAAAGAGUUUAAAACAAAACAUCUUCGAGUGAGAAGCCG